UCCGCCACCUGAAACGCGCUAUAAAACACGAGCGCGGGCUCGAUGUCGCUGGCAUAUCAAGAGUUUAUUCCGUCUCUUUUGACACUCGGCAUGAUUCGACUUCGUCUCCAACGAUUAUUUUAAGUUACUUUACCGUCGGCCAAAUGUGGAUUUGGGAACCAAAAAGAGCAUCUUCGUGCUGAUCUAUUUGGAGAAACGAACAAUGAUUCCACCUGGAGACUGUCUGUAUGCCGGAAGGAAAAGGAGAAAACCUGUGCAGAAACAGAAACCAGAGAAAGCAGGUCAGAAAUCGAAUCCGUCCAAGCGCCACCGCGAUCGUCUGAAUGCAGAACUGGACCGGUUGGCGAGUCUGCUGCCCUUCGGUGCGGAUGUCAUCUCCAAACUGGAUAAACUCUCCGUGCUGAGGCUCAGCGUCAGCUUCCUGCAGGUUAAGAGCUUCUUUCAAGUAGUCCAAGAGAAAGAAAAUCACAGCAGUAAUGCCUUGAUCUCUGCGCACAAGAAAGAAAUGCUGCCCCAUGUCAUAGAGAGUGAUCUUCUCCUAAAGUCUCUCCCUGGAUUUGCGCUGAUUGUGAGCUCAGAUGGUGUUAUUUUCUAUGCAUCAUCCACCAUCGUUGACUACCUGGGAUUUCAUCAGACGGACGUGAUGCAUCAGAAGGUCUUUGAUUAUAUCCAUGUGGAGGAGCGACAGGAGUUUCACAGGCAGCUCCACUGGGCGAUGAACCCUGGCCAACAAGACACUGUAGGUGAGGAUGUUGUGAUGGGUCAUCUGUAUAGCGCUGAAGUGCCUGACGGUGUUCCUCUUGAACUGUCUCCGUUCCUCACGCGGUGCUUCGUCGCUCGAGUCCGCUGCCUGCUGGACAGCACCUCCGGCUUCCUGAACAUGCAGUUUCAGGGCAGUCUGAAGUUCCUGCAGGGUCAGCGGAGGAAGACGGAUUCUGGAGCUCUGCUGCCGCCUCAGCUCGCUCUGUUCUGUGUGGCUGUUCCUCUAGUCCUGCCCUCCAUCACAGAGCUCAAGAUGAAGAGUAUGAUGAUGAAGAGCAAGCAGAAAAGUGAUAAAAGGCAACGGCUUUCCCAUGACUCAUUCGACAGUGAAGACAUGCUACAUCUUAACUUGAUAAACACAUCCGGUAAUGAUGGUUCGUGCUCAGCCCUGACCAACAGGAAGUACAGAGGAGAGGGCUCCAAAACCCAAGACGAGCCGCUUAACUUCUGUGUUUCCAGGCUGCAAGCUGUUGAUACUUCCUGGGACGCCCGCUGUCCUGUUGCCUUACGCACAGGACCCAGUGAAAACUACCUGCCCGGAAACUUCUAUAAGCACAGCCAUUCUGGAAAACCACGUAUCGGAUGCAACACAGAAUUGCAGAAGCUUGAGAGUUACUGUGUCAACAGGAAGGCCGAGAGAAGGUACACGCAGAACGAAUGUUUUAACAUGAUUCCUGAAGCGGCCAUUAAGACCGAAGAUUCAGACUCUGAGAACGGGUGUAACGCGUAUGGGACGUUUUGGCGCCCUGAAUACGCACAGGUGAAAACCGAGGCUGAAUAUUAUGACUAUUGUGCUUCGUAUCAAAGAGGAAAAGCUGCCGUAAGUCCUCCCAUCAGCGGACACCACAAGUAUCUGUGUGCGGGAGUCAGCAGACCUCUCAAGUGUGUCCUGAACAAAGACAUGAAUCACUCGGACGGAUAUGCAUUUUCAAAUGAUAAUAAAAGCUGCAUGCAGCAUGAUAUCCGACUGACUUGUGAGUUCAGGAGCCACAACCUUCUGCACGCGAUCAAGCAAGAACCCAACGACUCUCCACCUUGGUGUGGGGAUGUUAGUCAAGGGCAUGUGCAGCAACAUAUCACUUCCAAUUGCACUAUGAACGCUGUUCUUCACAAAGCUAACCCAUAUGUUUACAUGCAAUAAACUCUGGUCACGCUAACAUUGAUUUUUAAUGGCAGUGCUUGCAAGGUGCAUUACUAAAUCUUCCUCUACAAAGCCCCAAACUUUUGUUUGCUUUGGUGUGCUAGAAAGGUAGAAAAUCUAUUAGUCCUAACUGACGAUGUUUAGCAUUCAAAAUCCAUCACUGGAGUAAUGCAAGUCAUAUUUGCAAGAUGAAUUGUGAUUUGUCACCUGAAAAGUCAUGACAAAAGUUGUAAAGAAGGUCUAAAUAUUUUCCCCACCAAAUUCUAAUCAUAACCCUUCCUAAAACCGCUGCCUUGCAAGCGCUGGUAUUUCCCUCAGGAAAAAUUUAAAGUAGUUAGAAGUUAUUUUAGACCAUUUCAGACUGUUUAAUCAAACACAAAUACUCAGGUUUCUAGAUGUUUUGGAGAUCUGUAUUUUGUCUCUUUGGAGUUAUUGUUUAUUGGAUCCAAUGUGAUGUAUGUAUGCAGACGAAUAACGAUCAUUUCCCAUGUGAAAAUGUAUUUGUGUAUAGCAUUUUAGAUUUUUCAGUGUGUUUACGCAUACAUUUCAUUCAUAAAUAAAUAAAUACAUUUGACUUGA